AGACAGUCAAGAAAUGAAAGAAAGAAAAGACGAGCUUCAAAUCACAAUGACUCAGAUAAAAGACAAGAAAGAACACAUCAGCAGCUUCCUUGAUGAGAUCAACAGAGAGAAAAGCAACAUUAAAGAGCUGGCCCUUCAGGUUGAGACACAAAGAGACAAAGUUCACAGGUUGAUGAACAUUAUUGCUUUGAAACAAAAAGAACAAGAUCUCAAAGAUGCUGAUAUCAAGAAACAAAGACAAGAACUGGAAACCAGUAGGAACAGUGUACUGGCAGAAAGAGAGAAACUGGAUCUUUGGAGGAAGGAUCUGAACAAAAUGAAAGAAGAGGUUGAAGCUUCCAUGAACAUUAUCAGUAGAGAGAGAAAACAACUCAGUCAGAUGAAGAGUAGUACUGACAUGGACAGACACAGGUUGGACAAUGAAAAGGACAGAAUGGAAGGAGAAAGGUCUGAACAGAAACGUGAACUUUCCAGGUUAAUGCCCUUCAUGCGACGUCUGAGACCAAAAGUCAAUCAGCUGAAUCAAAGGAGACAUGACUACACAGAAUAUGGAUAGAUCAGGGCAGAAAUAUAGGGACAUGCUUUGUUAUGACCCGCUACAAAAACCGAAGAAACAAAUGGUGACAAAGAAGUUUGACAAGGAAGUGCAAACUGAGGUUGCAAAAGAAUUUCUUCAGGAGCAAGAUCUCGAGAAACAGUAUUUGAUUAAACCUAAUGAUUAUGAAUGUGAGAAGGGUGUUCUUCACUUUGAUGUCUCAACCCAGACUGAAAAAGUUGAACAUCAGUGGAAGUUAGAGGAAGAUACACAUCAUUUUGGAAGAGAAGGUAAAUAUUUGAAAGCUGAGAGGGAAGGUCUGCUGACCGAGAAUGAAGAGGUGAAAAAUGAACAAAAACAAAACUUGCAGCGUUUGAGUUGCUUUCAGAGGAAGAUGAUUUUACACACAUGAAAAUGUCAGAAAAAGAUUGUUUGCGAAAGAUCUGGAAGGACACAAAAAUGGAACGGAAGGAGAUUGAUCAGUUGAAGCGCAUGAGUCAUCAGAUGAGAAACCACCUUGAGAAAAGAUUGAAAGGGAUCAAUCACAAAGAAAAGGAACCAUUGGAGAAGAAACUGAAACAGGGACUAAGUAAGGACAUGACAUCCCAGAAUGACUGUGUGAGAGGCCGCACAUUACUCGAUGAAAAAUACACAGAGCUCCAACAAUUUAAGGUUCAGGUGCUCAGUGAGAUUGAGAAACUUUGUGUCAAAGAAAAAGUGUCAAGAACAUUGACAACUAGUGACGAAGCUCAUCAAACUUUCCAGGUUAAUGUAACCACAGGGAAUGCAACAGUGCCGGUAACAGAACAUGCUUUCGCCAAAAUGUAUCAAGAACAGAUAAGGGUAGAACAAACUGAGGAAGCUCCAGAGACGUCCAUUGGACUCCUUUGUCAGCUCCAGCACUACUGCUAUCGAUGCUGCUGCCACUGCUGUGCAUACUGCAAGCCAGUCUUCCAAGAGGAGAAAUGAGAUACAGGUCUGUCACUGUUAUGAUCAAUUUGAAUGUUCUUGCCAUACAUUUGAAACACAGCAUUUCUAAUUUUCUUAAACAAAAAUAACACCUGACAUUUGGAAAUCAUUUUUUAUAUAUAGUCAAAUAUGUAUCAAAUCAAGAAUGAACAGAUAGGCCAAAAAACUGAUUUUUUUAAAUUACCUAAUAUGUAACAAAUGAUUGAAGGUUUAAGAUGCAGGAUUUUCUUAAUAAACAAUGUAUAGGCUCUCAGUCAUUACUUAUGACCCACUAGAAGUGUGUGGCGGUGUCUGUUUCUGCAGAGACUCGGCCCUCUGCCUGGAUUUUCUUACGUUCUUCGAAUUUUACCGUUUGGGAAAUUUCUGGGCGUAAACCUUUAACCACUGAGUGUGUAUCCAUACCAAAUCACACAUCCAAGGGGAAGCAACAAACAUGGUCGACAGAGCACAGAAAUGCAAGUAAAGUGAGGUGAAAUGCCAAGUGGGCAAAAUUGAAUUUAAACAAUUAUUUAACACCAUGAGCACCAACAAAAGGAAAUAUAACUCAAAAUGUCAAGGUAUUUCAGCAGAUUAAAGUGCAACAUUUGUUGGUUAGCAAAAUAAGAUUUAAUAGUGUACUUAAACCAUUUUAAGAGUGUGUGCUUAAUUUUCAGUUAUGCAAUUGGCAAAAUCUCAGUCCUUCAUGAAUUUUAAGGCAAUGUAUUCAGAGAUGGGCAAAAAUACAUCAAAAUGUAUUUUGAUACAAAAUACCCAUCAAAUAAAUGUAUUAAAAUAA